UGUCAGCGGUUAGUUUCCUGAUCAUAAAGAUAAAAAGGAACUAUGCUUAUUUAUAUAGACCCUUCUCUUUUCGUUUUUAUAGGAGACAUUGGAUAUAUAUGUGUACUUUAUACAAAACUACCAAAAGAUCCAAGUGAAGCAUUGGUCAGAUAUCGAUCCCUCAGUUGGAACCUUCCCAGUCCUUGUCGAUAACAGUUGGAGACUAGAUUCCGGUAAUCAAACAUACGAUUGUCUGGUCUACAUUAUACCGAGUCAUGUCAAGCCAUUAAAAGAAAUGAACAACGUAUUCUCAGACUACCCUUCUCCCAUCCACAUCAACUUAGCGCAGGUCGCUCUGGCUUCAUCUUCUGUAUCACUAUCGGCUACCCAACUUGGCACUGCAGCGAGUAGAUCGGCUGCUGUAGUUACCCCUACCAUUCAAGCAUCUGUGACACCAUCAGCUGUACUCAACAAAGAUCAGCACGCUUUACAACCUUGGGUCAUCUCUGCCGCCUCUUUAGCCAUCUUGGCUGCUAUCGGUGCAUGUGUUAUUCUAUGUUGGGCAAUGAGACAUGUACGUAAGAAACUACUCGUACACGGUGAAAAAGAUCAGCUGGAAUCAAGUAAUAGCAAGCCAUCAGAAGGCAAAGAAAGCUUCUUUAAUAAUAACGCAUCCAGCAUGACCAUGGUCAAUCCGACGAUCGCCUCUGUCAUCAGUCAAAGCCAGCCAACUAAGCUUCACGAGACAGCCAAAUGCGAGCCUUCUUCACCCCUUUAUGAAAUGAGACCACAUUCGAGUGUGUCGCUCUAUUCAAAAGAACCUCUCCUGUCUUCUACAGACGCUUUAAUGAUUGCAGAUACAUUUAGACAAAGGAUGCGGUGCCCUGAAUGGCAGCAGCUGCAGCUGCAAAGACAAUCUGUUUCAGAAGAAGAGCAAGACAAGGAGGAAGAAAGACGAAGACAGCUAGGUGAAGAGUUACUGAAAAAGGAAUUGGAAGCAGAAGGCACCUUGAUGAAAAAAGUAGGAAAGCGUUUAGCAAACACCUAUCAACCAUAAGACUUUUUUUUAUUGUAUGUUUGUUGUAGUAGUAAUAGUAGUAGUACUAGUAGCGAUG